AGCGCUGCGUCACUUCCCGUGCGGGCCGCAGCGAGGAGAAGAUGGCGGCGCUGGGCGAGCCGGUGCGGCUGGAGCGAGACAUCUGCAGAGCAAUUGAGUUGCUGGAAAAAUUACAGAGAAGCGGAGAAGUGCCACCACAAAAGCUACAGGCUUUGCAAAGGGUCCUUCAAAGUGAAUUUUGUAAUGCUGUAAGGGAGGUGUAUGAACACGUAUACGAAACUGUGGAUAUCAGCAGUAGCCCAGAAGUUAGAGCUAAUGCAACAGCAAAGGCCACUGUAGCCGCAUUUGCUGCUAGUGAAGGUCAUUCCCAUCCCAGAGUGGUUGAACUACCCAAAACCGAAGAAGGUCUUGGAUUCAACAUUAUGGGAGGCAAAGAGCAAAACUCUCCAAUCUAUAUCUCUCGAAUUAUCCCUGGUGGUAUAGCUGAUAGACAUGGAGGCCUGAAACGUGGAGACCAGCUGCUUUCUGUAAACGGAGUGAGUGUCGAAGGUGAACACCAUGAAAAAGCAGUAGAACUGCUGAAGGCAGCUCAAGGAAAGGUUAAAUUAGUUGUGCGAUACACGCCAAAGGUCCUGGAAGAAAUGGAGUCGAGAUUUGAAAAAAUGAGAUCGGCAAAACGCAGGCAGCAAAACUAACGUUGUAUGCAAUAACUUAAAGAGAAAAUAUAUUCCAUUUACAUUUUAUAGUUUGCUUUGCGACUCGGUUGAUCCAACGCCUGGGCUACAAAAGACGCUGUCCUUUUCAUAGAAUCACAGAAUGACUGAGGUUGGAGGAACUCCUGGAGAUCACCUAGUCCACACCCCUUCCCCCCCCCCCCCCCCCCGGCUCAGAGGAGGGUUAGCUAGAGCAGGUUGUUCAGCGCUGUGACAAGCUGGGGUUUUGAGCAUCUCCAAAGAUGGAGACUCCAGAAGAUCUCUGGGCAACCUGUUCUAGUGUUUCGAUCUCCCUCACACUACAAAGGUCCAUUCUUGUGUUUAAAUGCAGUUUCCUGUCAUUUCCAUUUGUGCCUGUUGCCUCUUGUCCAGUCACUGGAUGCUGCUGAAAAGAGUCUGGCUCUUUUUAUGCCCUGUCAGGCAUUUACACACAUUGGUAAGAUCACCCCAAGCCACCUUCUCUCCAGGCUAGACAAUCCCAGUUCUUUCAGCCUCUCCUUGACUGUCGAUGCUCUUAUCACAUAAUCGCCUUUGUGGCCCUUCGCUGGACUCACUCUUGUGUGCCCAUGUCUCUAUUGAACUGGGGAGCCCAAAACUGGACCCAGCACUUGAGUUGUCUCACCAGGGCUGCGCAGAGGGGAAGAAUCACCUCCCUCAACUUGCUGCUUUUCCUAAUGUAGACCAGGAGGCUGCUGGGCUGCUUUGCCACAAGGGAACAUCGGUGGCUCGCGGUCAGCUUUGUGUUGCUCUCUGCAAGGCUGCUUUGUAGCCGGUCAGCCCCCAGCCCGAACUGGUGCGUGGGGUUAUUCCUCCCCAGGUGUAGGACUUUGCACUUUCCUUUGCUGAGCUUUGAGAUUCCCGUUUGCCUGUUUCUCCAGCCUGCCGAAGUCCCUCUGAAUGGCUCGCUGAGAGCGUACUCUGUCCUGUCACCCGUGGUGUUAAUGAAAAUGUCAAACAGCAUGGACCCUGGUACAGACCCCUGGGGUGCGUCAGUAGUGACUGGCAUCCGGCCGGACUUUGUGCCACUGAUCACAACCACCCUUGGCAGUUCAGCCAUUUUUAGAAUGUUUUUGGUCUACACUUGUUUCACAGUUUAAGAGGAAUGUGUACUUUUAAAAUGGCCUAAGAUAGCCCCAAAAAACCCAUAUAUGUUGAUAUUUCUAUUGUGGUUUUUUUUUUUUAAAUAAGUCUCUUUCAUGUCAGACCUCUAAGCAUGAAAGUGAAUUUACAGAUUUUUCAAAGGCUUUUAAUAAGACAUAUUUCUGCAAUCGGCAUCCCUUUUUUCCUGUUUUCUUUUGGCAUUAUUUAACAUAGAAUGUGCAGGUUUUUUUGCUGAAUGAUUUUGGAAAAAAAGAUUCUUAUGUAGCAGUAUUUUGGCACUUUUCUUAAGAAUAUGUUGUUUAUCAAUUACAAAACCUAAUCGUGAUCUACUGUGUAGCUGAUGAUGAUACCAGAUUUUGUAAUGUUUUGGUGAGUACAUUAUUUUUACACUUCUGCUAAAUCGUAAUUCGUUACUCUGGAAAUUGUAUUACCUCACCUGUAAAUAAUUUACAGUUGGUAUUAUCAUACAGUGAUUUUGUAAUAGCUGACACAAAUUUGCAACAAUCAUUCCUGUAACAUUAUUUUGUACUACUCUUAAAGCAGUUAAGGGGAAAAAUGUAAUUGUGUAUGCAGUUCUGGAUCGAGUCUCUAGGUGUAUUUUUAUAUUCAGAAACAGAAGUUAUGUUAAUACAGUGCAACAGAAUUCCAGAUGUUUCCCUGACCUUCUGCUGUUUAAAAGAAAUACUCAUCUUAAUUGUCAUACCUCUCUUGUGUUUUUUAGUAUCUUCUGUUGUAGUUUUAACUACAGACUGACUGUAUUGGUCUUGGAAUAGUUAGCACCUAAAUUAUUAUUACAUUUGUAAGAGUAAAAUGUUCUGAGGCUUAUAUGCCGGGUUACCCUGACAUGUGAACUUGUCUGGGGUUUUAUUACUGACUGCUUCUGACUUGGAGGGUUCUCGUUUGUUACUAUGAAGUACCGCAUCACCAUUGCUAGGGAGCUUUGUGUGGAAUGGUGCUGUGGUGGUGAUAAGGAAAUUAAUGUCUUAUCUCAUGUGUAGUUGAUGGUGGCACAGGUUUUGUGUGCUGCUUGGAAGAAACUUUUUCUGGACAGAGAAUCAUCUACCAGGUUUGAGGCUGUACUUGUGUAGUUUAGGCUUUGGGUUCUUUUUUUUUCUUAAGUUUCACCUUUUUGCUAUAUAUUUAGAAUUAACUUGAUUGUCUACUGGGUGUUUGUUCACUUGUAUGGCAGCUAUGAGUGCUUCCUAAUUGACUGUUAGUAAUUUGAUUCUUAGAGGCUUUAAACUGAAAAGUGCAGUUCUUACUAUGUGGUUAAUCCCUAGUCUUUUCACUUGGAGCAGUAUGAUCCAUUGUGAAAUAAUUCAGUAUGUGAAAGAAAGGAAAAGUUUAGCGAUCUAAAAAUGACAGCAUGAAGUUCGUGCUUUGUCAGUUGAUCUACUGGAAAAGAAAAAAUGUGAUUGCUACAGGCAAGUGAGAAAUGUGAUUGCUUUCUGCAUGUUUGUAAGCAUGGUAAGCCUGCAAAGAGAAAUUUGGAUUUUAAAGAUCCUGAUAGUUUGAAAAUGCAGUAAACUAUAUUUAUCAGUUAGAUGACAUUGAGCACUGAAUUGCAUGGUUGAUAAUCUGUCAUAGGCCUCUUUCAAAAGGCCUCAUUACUGAUACAGCCAUGUUGUCGAAUUGUAUAUUUUUAUGGAACAACUAAUGUUUAAAGUAUUGAGACCAAAAUCACUAGUUAGACCAAUUGUGGAUGUUUUAAUUUAAUUGUAAAAUAGUAGAGAUUUGUUCUAGAGCUAUAUAUAAAAGUAUAUAUUAAAGAAAGGUAUGGGUACAAGAUAGAAAUGUGCAUUCUAAAACCUGUAUCCCUUGUGUUACUGAACAGAGGGGUGUGUUUUGUUACUCUUAAGGAAAUAUUUACUCUAGUGCAGCUAGAGCUGCUAAACGUGGUAGCAUUUCCAUUCUGAAUUGUAGCAUUUGGAUACAGUUUGUCAACUACUACAAAAUGUGGGGAGGUGUAUCUGGGCAUAUAAAGUCUAUGUGUGGAAUUUAAUAAAAAGCUUUUUAUUUGCAACAGCAACAACAAAAAAAAUCCAAUGAACAGACAACUCAUUAACAGUCAUCUUCAAUGCUAUGAAAACCCUAUAAUAUUAAGGAAAGGAUGGAUGAAAAUAUGCCAAGAAACUUGAUCUCUGUUACUACUGAGCAGUGCCUGUACUGUGUUAAUAUGCAGUCCCUACACACUCAGCAUACGUGGAUAUGCAAACAGGUUAAGAGGAGGUAUCGUUUCUGCAGAUAACUUCUGCAUCUAUUGCUGCUGUGAGGGAUCUUUGGGUUUUAUCAACAGAAAAAUAAAAGUUAAAUUUCA